AUGCAUCGUUUGCGGACAAAUGAGCAGACAGAGCCCCUGAAUGAUAAUGCAUUCAUUGCAAACUCUUCAGUCCUCUCCUUCGAUGAGCGUACCCUGCCAACAGUAUCCGAGAGCUCCAUUUCCUGCUCUUCACAAGUCAGAGAUGCCAUAUUAUCAGCGACAGGAGCAUUGACACUACCAGCCCCGCCGCUGCAAAGAGCAUUGACUGAUGCGUUUUUCGAGCAAGUUUACCAUGACUACCCGGUGGUUGAGCUAGAAGAUAUUUCGGCCUCAGAUUCAUCGAUUCUGCUCCAACAAGGGGUAUUCUUGGCAGGAAGUCUCAUGCGACGUGACUCUGACAGCUUGAAACUCUCGCAAUCUCUCUACGAGAAAAUCAAGACAUUGAUUUACCUAAAUUAUGAACCGGACAGCAUCUCCAUUUUGAAAACACUGUGUCUCUUAUCUUGCUGGAGUGUGAAGCCCCCAGACAAGAUGAGUCUUGACGGGCCCUGGCAUUGGACCGGUGUAGCCUCGCGAAUUGCACUGGAGAUGGGCUUGCAUCAGGAAUCUACAUAUAUCAACAACCCUUUUGCCUCCUCUCUUCGAAAGAUCUUUUGGCACCUUUAUGUCUGUGUCGAUAUUGAAUAA